AUGGAGUAUAAGGUAGAAAAUAAUUCAUCAGAUGAAGUAAACGUUAGUAAAGAAAAGGUUCAGUUUGAUUUAAAAAGAGAUGUUAGUAGCUCAGAUUCAGUCGAAGCCACGGAGUUAAACUCCGACUACGUGACCAUUCUGCUUGAGAAACUAGGAUACCGUGACAAUGACAUACAUGACAUGCCAGAUGAAUUCAAUUUUAUAUUAACAUCAUCGGAAAACAUAACCUUGGAAGAUGCUGUGGAGGUGCUAAAGGAAGCUGUUGAGGACCAUGCUGAAGAUGAAAAUAUAGCACACCACCAAUAUGAUGAUUGGGUUCGGCUAUCAACUACGAGUGAUUUGAUCACCAACGAUUUGGAUGUCUUCCUCUGCAAAUGUUAUGGUGCAAUGAUUAAGUUUUCUUCUCCAUAUCUAGAAGUGAGAGCUGUUGUAGAUACAGUCGAAGACCCGAACAUUCCUGUCGAAACAGUUAGAGCUUAUUUCUUGGCAAUUGUCUGGAGUAUUGUUGGUUCUGGUUUUAAUGAGUUUUUUUCCCAUAGACUGAUUUCGAUUUCUGUUUCCACAUCUGUUAUUCAAAUUGUUUUAAAUUUUUGUGGUACAUUCUGGGCUGACUACUUUCCAUGUUGGGGUUUCAAUAUUGGGAAAAGAAGAAUUGCUUUAAAUAUAGAAACACCAUGGACCAAGAAAGAGCAGAUGUUUUCUACCCUAUUGUUUGCCAUUUCUAUGGGAACUUUCUAUACGCACUAUAACAUUUUGACAUUAAAGAUGAAGUAUGAUGUUCAUUUGGGUUUUGGUUAUCAGUUUUUGUUAUCUCUUUCUGUUCAAUUCUUAGGGUUUGGGUUUGCAGGUAUCCUGAGAAGAUUUGUUGUAUACCCAGUCAAGGCCAUGUGGCCAACAGUGUUACCAACGUUAGCUCUAAACAGGGCUUUGUGUAGCCGUAGCAGUGGACAGGCCAAAAAGCAAUAUAAGGUUUUUGGGUACAGUUUCCUCUUCAUCUUCUUCUACAAUUGGUUCCCAACCUAUAUCAUCAAUAUAUUGAAUACAUUCAAUUGGAUGACAUGGAUUGCGCCCAACAAUAUUCAUCUAGCAAACAUAACAGGUGGUGUUACCGGGCUAGGGUUUAAUCCAAUUACUAGCUUUGAUUGGAACGUUCUAGGUAAUAUGGGGCCAUUGAUUACCCCAUUCUGGUCGUUAGUUAACCAAUAUGUUGCUGCAGUGCUUACAGCAUUGAUAAUAAUUGCAGUUUACUACACAAAUUAUGCAAACACGCAAUAUCUACCAAUGUUCACUCAAGGUCUUUACACGAACACUGGUGAACCUUACUCGGUUCAUAUGAUUUUAAACGAAAAAAAUGAGUUAGAUAUUGACAAAUAUCAGGCAUACUCACCACCAUUCUACACUGCCGGAAAUUUGGUAUCAUAUGGUUGUUUUAUCGCAUGUUAUCCUUUGAUGAUCGUUUAUUCUAUGUUUGUUCACACCAAAUUAUUAUCAACAUCAUUCAAAAGUUUUGGUAAAAGUAUUAUGUCCUUACGCCAACGUAGUACAUGGAGUAAUGUAAAUGACAGUGAUGGUGGGUUGUCUGAAUUCCAUGACAUUCAUUGCACAAUGAUGAAGAAAUAUAAGGAAGUUCCCGACUGGUGGUAUUUCGCAAUUUUAAUUAUUUCAAUAGUUAUCGGUAUAAUUGUUGUUGAAGCUUAUCAUACAAACACACCUGUUUGGGGUUUAUUCGUUUCAGUUGGUUUCAAUGCAGCCUUCUUAAUUCCCGUUACUCUAUUACAAUCGAUUGCAGGUGUCUCGCUAGGGUUGAAUUUAUUGAUUGAAAUGAUUAUUGGUUAUGCUUUACCUGGUAACCCAUUUGCACUAAUGAUCAUUAAGGCAUUCGGUUACAACAUUGAUGCCCAAUCUGAUAAUUAUGUCUCUAAUCAAAAGAUGGCACAUUAUGCCAAGAUUCCACCGGUGGCAUUAUUCAGGGGACAAUGCUUCAUUGUAUUGUUACAAAUAUUUGUUAAUAUGGGUGUGUUGAAUUGGCAAGCAAGCAACAUUAAAGGUUUCUGUACACCAAAACAAACCGCCAAAUUCACUUGUCCUGACAUUACAACUUUCUUCAAUUCAUCGAUUGUUUGGGGUGCCAUUGGUCCCAAGAGAAUCUUUAACGACAUAUAUCCAAUCCUCAGAUGGUGUUGGUUAAUCGGCGCCUUACUUGGUUUGUUAUUUGGUGCCAUUAAGAGAUGGCGUCCUAGGUUCAUACCAAGGAAUUUCGAUCCAGUUGUCUUUGUUGUUGGUAUGCUUUCAUUCAGUCCUCCAUAUGGGUUAAUGUAUUUCACACCAAGUUUCAUUAUUGGUAUAUUCUCUCAAUUCUACAUUAGGAGAUAUCACGUUAGAAAAUGGGAGAGAUACAACUACAUGAUUCAAUCUGGUCUUGCAGCAGGUCUGGUCUUUUCUGCCAUCAUUAUAUUUUUUGCGGUUCAAUAUAAGGAUACGCAAUUGAGUUGGUGGGGGAAUAAUGUGCCUUACGCUGGUGUCGAUGCCAUUGGUCUACCAAUAAGAAAUAUUACUGACCUUCCAAAGGGGUACUUCGGUCCAGAUCCAGGCCACUAUCCAUGA